AUGCAAGGGUUCCUGUUCAUCGCCGUCACAUUCUCCAUGAAAAACACUAGAACAAGUUUUCUCUUUCACAUUUUGGAAGUUAUCCGUUUCUUAUCGAUAACACCGAGAGGAAAGAUGAAGAUUCAGCCGAUCGAUAAUCAGAGUUAUGGAGAUUCAGUUAAUUGGGAGGCUCCGGCGACGGUGACGACAAAGCCGGUGUUAAAGUCUCGGCUGAAGAGGCUUUUCGAUCGACAAUUCCCGAGCGUUCUGAAGAACAAUUCGGAGAAGACAAACGGAGCCGGGGAAGUCAAAGAUGGAGAAUUCGAACCGAGCUCUGUUUGUUUGGCUAAAAUGGUUCAGAAUUUCAUCGAAGACACCGCUCCUGAGAAGCCGAAAUGCGGACGCAAUCGUUGCAAUUGUUUCAACGGAAACAUCAACGACAGUUCCGAUGACGAAUUCGAUCUCUCUUCUGCUUCAUUUUUUGGUGAUUCACACCCUAGCUCCUGGUGUGGAGAUUCUUCCGAAACACUCAAGAGCUUGACGCCAUGCGCGAGUGUUGCUCAGAGAAAUCUCUUAGCCGAUACCUCGAAGAUUGUUGAGAAGAACAAGAUUUGCAAGAGGAAAGAUGAAUUGAAGAAAAUUGUUGCUGAAGGAUUACUGUUAAUCGGCUACGAUGCUUCGAUUUGUAAAUCGCGUUGGGAAAAAUCAUCUUCUUAUCCUGCUGGUGAAUACGAAUACUUAGAUGUCAUCGACGACGGCGGAGAUAGGGUGUUAAUUGAUAUAGAUUUUAGAUCGGAGUUCGAGAUAGCUCGGCCGACCGGGAACUACAAAGCAAUCCUUCAAUCACUGCCGUACAUCUUCGUCGGCGAAGCCGAUCGUCUGCAACAGAUUCUGUCGAUUGUAUCUGAGGCGGCGAAACUGAGCUUGAAGAAGAAAGGAAUGCACAUUCCUCCAUGGAGGAAAUUCGAGUACAUGAGAUCCAAAUGGCUGUCGGCACACAUCAGAACCGUACCAUCACCGUCGCCGUCAGUAAUACCUCCACCUCCACCAACUCCACCUCCAACACCAGACGCCAACGCCGCCGUGAAGCAGAUAUUUUCAAAAGCCACAACGGAACAGAUAGAUCCGUCACCGCCGUUCGAUUCCGAGUGCGGAGUUUUUGAACUUAUUUUUGGAGAAGAAACGACGGCGUCGGAGUCAACGGAGAAAAAUCAAUUAUCUCCGGCGGGUACUUUGGUGAGAAAGUCCGAUGACGGUUUUGAAUCGUCGGCGGCGGGAAUAUGGCAGCCACCGGCGAUAAAACCGAGGAAUUUGGAGAGAGGAAGUAAAUUAGUGGUCACCGGAUUAGCUUCUCUUUUCAGAGAGAAAGCAUGAAGGAAUAAACAAAUUUUGGAAUUAUUUACUUUUUUUAUUUCUUUUCUACUUUACUCAUUUUCCACGAGUAAAAAAAAAAAAUCAAAAUCAUAUAUAUAAAAAGAAUGCAAAUAUUAUAUAGAAAAUCUUUUUUAAUCCUCAUUCUUAUACCUUGAAUGCAAA